GUGAGGAUUCUGUGAAUUCCGACACCAAUGCCAUCUUGGUGUUUUGUGCAAAUGAAAUGGUUUAGAGAAGCAGUGACUUGAAGCAGCUUUCUACCUUGGGGUGUUUUAUAAAACCACCCUUUUCAGGUCACAUAAUACAACAGGUGGAUACAAUUCCUCUGGGAAUUACUGUCUUCAUUAAGCAUUAUCUAAAUCAAUUGCUCAUGUAGACCUUCCCUUCCUCCAACCCAUUUAUUUCUAAAAUAUUGGUUUAAGAUGAACUAUAUUUGGAUGUAACAGGAGGUUCCAGGAUGGGGUGUGUGCAGUGUUGCUAGUCAAGGAAACACAAGUAGCUAAUGCAUUCUAGGAUGAAGACCAGACCAACAGAUUGGUCCUACAGAAAGGCAAAACAAAACAACACUGGAUAACCUCUGAUGCCAGAGCAGUUUACAAUGUAUAGUGCAAUGCUACUCAAACCUUUACAGAAAUAAGGCCCACUAAAUUCACUGGGACUUACUCUCAGGCAACUCGGUACAGGAUUGUAGCCUAAUAUAUGGUACCAGUCAACUCUUAACAUGAGUAUCGAUACUGAAUUAUUUCCAAAUAAUUGUUUCUUCUAUAUAAUCUUGGAUUAUUUUCCGUACCUCUCAUUUUUUCACCUAAGUUUUCUCUGACAUCUGAAUCCAGUGUUAUGCAAAUAGAGUUACAUUGUGAUGGGAUUUACUUUUUCUCUCCUCCCAUGUUCCCCACACCUCCUGCAUGUCCCUAAAAUCUGCUCUGGUGGGUUCUCCAAUCCUUUGAGACUGGAAGUUGUAUUUGGAGAAGGAUGAAUUUAUUCCUGUUUACAGAAGGACACUGGUGGAAACAAUCUUCUGAUUUUAGGUUUGGAGAACACCAGCUGACAGGACAUAAAGUUGCAGUCAAAAUUUUAAAUAGACAAAAAAUUCGUAGUUUGGAUGUGGUUGGGAAGAUCAAGAGAGAAAUCCAAAACUUAAAACUUUUCCGUCACCCUCAUAUCAUCAAAUUGUACCAGGUCAUCAGCACACCAACAGAUUUUUUCAUGGUAAUGGAAUAUGUGUCUGGUGGAGAAUUAUUUGAUUACAUCUGUAAGCAUGGACGUGUGGAAGAGGCUGAAGCUAGACGUCUUUUUCAGCAAAUUCUGUCGGCUGUGGAUUACUGCCAUCGGCAUAUGGUGGUUCACAGAGAUCUGAAACCAGAGAAUGUGCUGCUGGAUGCACACAUGAAUGCCAAGAUAGCCGAUUUUGGACUGUCCAACAUGAUGUCUGAUGGUGAAUUCCUGCGAACCAGCUGUGGCUCACCCAACUAUGCAGCACCAGAAGUCAUCUCUGGAAGAUUGUAUGCUGGCCCAGAGGUUGAUAUUUGGAGCUGUGGCGUGAUUCUCUAUGCUCUUCUCUGUGGGACUCUUCCUUUUGACGACGAACAUGUCCCAACUCUGUUUAAAAAAAUCCGUGGGGGUGUUUUCUACAUUCCUGAAUACCUCAAUCGUUUAGUUGCCACUCUUCUCAUGCAUAUGCUUCAAGUGGAUCCACUCAAACGAGCAACCAUCAAGGACAUACGAGAGCACGAGUGGUUCAAAGAAGAUCUGCCCAGUUACUUGUUUCCAGAGGAUCCAUCUUAUGAUGCCAACAUCAUUGAUGAUGAUGCGGUGCGGGAAGUUUGUGAGAAAUUUGAAUGCCAGGAGUCAGAGGUGAUGAGCAGCUUAUACAGUGGAGAUCCGCAGGACCAACUUGCAGUGGCGUAUCACCUGAUUAUUGACAAUCGGAGAAUCAUGAACCAAGCUAGUGAAUUCUACCUCGCUUCCAGCCCUCCCACAGGCUCUUUUAUGGAUGAUAGUAUGCACAUCCCUCCAGGGGUGAAGCCCCACCCAGAGAGGAUGCCUCCUCUUGUAGCAGAUAGUCCCAAAGCCAAAUGUCCCUUGGAUGCACUGAAUACCACCAAGCCAAAACCAUUGACUGUGAAAAAGGCCAAGUGGCAUUUAGGAAUACGCAGUCAAAGCAGGCCUUUUGACAUCAUGGCCGAAGUCUACCGUGCUAUGAAACAGCUAGAUUUUGAAUGGAAGGUGGUGAAUGCCUACCAUCUCAGAGUUCGUAGAAAGAAUCCGGUGACAGGAAAUUAUGUGAAAAUGAGUUUACAGCUGUAUCAGGUUGACAAUCGUAGCUAUUUGCUGGACUUCAAAAGCAUUGAUGAUGAUGUCACAGAGCAAAGAUCCGGCUCUUCCACCCCACAGCGCUCCUGCUCUGCUGCACACCUGCACCGACCAAGACUCAGCUUAGAUUCCAGCACUGUGGAUUGCCAGUUACUCCCUGCCUCUGUCAUUGGUCCCUUGACUGGGAGCACCAGCUCCGUUAUGCCACGUCUCGGUAGCCACACAAUGGAUUUCUUUGAAAUGUGUGCCAGUCUCAUCAUGGCUCUUGCUCGCUGACAGGUACUGUGAAGAAGUUUGAUUUCUUUGGACAGGUGCAGGCCUUUAUGAGCUCUGCACAGAAAUAUCUGUGCAGCAAGGCAAGCCUAAUUCUGAAAGUAGAAAUAUCAAAUUCCGCACCCAGAAUAUAUUCAGUAUUUUAAGGUAAGGAGGCAAAUGUACUCACUUGAUGUAAUUCUAGUGGCAGAAUUUGAUUUAUUUUUGCAAUGAAUUUGAAUAGUCGUGUUAGGUCAUGUUAGUAUGGCAGAAGCGAUGGAGCAGUGGAGGCAGUGGUAGACAGAAGCAAGGAGGACGGUCAUCCUGUCCGCAGCCAGUUGCUGCCAGGGCUUGUAGAGUGGCAUUGUGGAGUUCUGCUCUGCAGAAAACACAGCAGCUGCCAAAGUCUGCAAACGCCUGUAGUGGCAGAAUCCACGGUAUGUCUGCCUUCAUGAACCUAACAGUGCAAUACUCUCCUGAAGACUUGAUGAUUCCUUCAAAGGAUUCAGAAAACUGAUUUCCGAAAACUAAGACAAUAUGGUACUGGUAGGGUUGAUUUCCACUUUACGUGCAUGGAAGAAAUGCUCACAUUUGCUGUUUUUCUGUACACUGUAACAUGCAAGGUCACCCUUAGACAAGGAACAUAGCUUGUUAAGAGGUGUCGUUUGUGAAGGUUUAAUGCCCUGGUAAUCUAAUCAUUACAGGUUUAGCUUCAAUCAUCUCAAAUUAGAGAUGACCACAAUGCAACUUUUCUUUUGUGGGAGCACUACUGGAACGCUCAGGAGAAAACACAAAUCUUGCAUCCUACUCAUCGGUUUGUAUGAAUAGACUGUUGUAACCUGCGGGUAUAUUCCUCCAUCCCAACAUGCACCACCCGCCACACCACCCAAUUAGGCCCCAAGGGCAGGCCCUCAUCAUUUUCAGCAGACAGUGCUGACUGUUAUCAUUACCUGCCGCAAGCUCGACUAAUUCUAAGGCAGUCCUUUUCAAUUGUCACGUUGUGGCAAAAUUCGAGAAAGUAACAACUUUGCUGGUGACAACAAGUGCAGAACAAUGCAUAUAUAUACCUACUUGUCUAAACUUUGACCAGGCCUUUUGCUAACAAGCCUUUCUUGAGUUCUGCACACUUGUAAGAGCAUUUUGGCUGAUGUUGGAGUAUGUAGCAUGCCUGCCUCUUGCCCCACCGAAGAGUGCAAGAUCCUCAAAGGUGGGGCAGAAUGAAAUGGCUCUAUUGAUAAGUAGAAUGAAAUGAGGCUGCAAUACGCAGACACCAUCCUGAUGUCACCGUGAUUCCACUUCCAGAGACAUAGAUGCUUGUGAGAUUUACAGGAGGACACUUUCCGGUCCCCCUCACAAUACCGCCCAAUCACAGCUUGUGCACGCCUUGCAUGGAGUAGGCCUACUCUACCUCCUCAGGCAGUGGCACAUGUGUGUGUGUGUCCUGCUCUUCCCUCCAGCCCCUGCCACAAGCUGGCAGCAACUAGAAAUCAGAGAUCACUUGAAUGCUAAACUAGCCUUUUGUGAAGCGGUGAUGGUAGUUUUGCAGGGUAACCAGUUCAUUUUGCAAACCAUGUCAUGGCAGCAUUUCACUGGUUUAAUUAAAGGGUUGCAUUAGGGAUUUCUGUUCUCCCCAAAGGACUUCUUUUCACUGUGGCUUUUCACAUCCACUUUGUGCUCACUGCUAUUCAUUGUCUUGGUCUUGUUAAGCUGAGACCACCCGCUAUAGGUCACCAGCAAUAUUUGCAGGCUGCUCUUAAUCACAUUAUUAGGCCUCCAUCAAUCAUCCCAGGCCAUGACUUGUACCAAAUACAUCAAAGUGCAAGGCCUGCAUAUGUAAAUGAAGGAUGAUGAUGAACUCCAUGGCAGCUGUAGAACAGAACAAGAUUGCUUUUAAGCCACCUGUGUAAAAUUCAUAACUGGGGGAUGGGAAUAAAAAUUAUGCUUUCCUCUAGGAAUGAGCUUCUUUGAUAACAGUGGUGAUGGGGGUUCAGGGAGAGCUCGUAACUGUACAAAGUAAGAUGAUUGCAGGGAAGCCAAGUAUUUAGAUCUAUGCUAGGGAAGAGGUUAAUGGAAUUAAGAAAACUAAAGGAACAAUCCAGUGAAAAGAACUGACUGCUUGGGGGCCGGGGGGGGGGGAUUUGUAAGAAGGAAAUUAAGUUCAGCAUGGCUAGCAUAAGUCCUAUGUGUUUCAGUGGGUAUAUGUUGGAUUAUUAUACAUUGGAUAUUCCUCAGAGGUCUCUUCCUGCAGGACUGAGUCCAUUUUAUUCCUACUGUGUUUUCCAUUCUCUAUGCCACACCUAUCUGGUUUUAACUCCAGGGUUUCUUCUGGUAGUCAGACACCUGGAUCUGACAACCUGGCUCUGCUCUUUCUUGGUAAAUUUAUGAGUUGCCUUGUGAUGCAGAGAGGACCCCCAGGGGAACGUAAAGUUAAGCCUCACAAGAUUUAAUCUAAACAACAAUGAUACUUACUUUAAAACCAUUUGAAAUUUACUAAAUGUUUUUUUAAAACAUCACCAGCACAAUCCAUUGAGAGAAGAGAGAACAUUAAAAAACAGUGUGGAGUUGAGCAACUUAAAAUAUUGUAAAGCCAUACAGGACAAAAUGGAUUUAGUAAUCUGCCUGAAACUGAGCAGAAAAAGGCCAGCGUAGGUUCCUCUGGAAGAGAGUUCCACAGGCAGCAGUCCUUGGUGUUUCUAACAACAUUCUGCUUCAGGCACACUUGCUCUGGGCAAGCAAAAGCAAAUUCCUCUGCAUUUUGAUCCAUUUUCAAUGCAAUCCUAUAUACUUCUACUCAGAAGUAAGGCCCAAGGGGAAAUAAGUCGGUACAGAACUGCAUUCUGAAAGGUUUCAUCUGUACCCUUAAAAAAAAAAAAGAAAGCAUAUUGAUUUGAUUUUCAUUAUAGUUUUUUGAAAGCUCUCAGAAUAGGAAAGAGCUUUGUGUUUGCCACAGGGCCCCCCGCUGAUUGACCUUCCAUCUGACGGCUAGCUGGGGAAGGGAAUUGGAGGCGGCUUUGUGUAAAAUCCAGGCACUCAGCACUUCCCAUGGCUGGCUCCUCCUGAGCCCUGUUCCAGCGAAAUGCCUGAAUUGGGUGCAGAAAUGCAUGCCAGGCGGGAGGCUUCUGCUUAAGUCAAGCUGAGUGUCUGUCAAACCUUUGGCAUACUCAGAAGGACUGACAGGGUAGUGCUUCCAGCCAUGUGGGGGCUGUGUUCAAGUGGCAGCAAGCAGAAAUCUGCUGAAGACCUUCCCACUUAACACAGUAAGAGUGUUGGAGGCAUGGCUGGUGCGCAUGGCCCUGUGCCUCGCACAGGUGUGAGUGAACCCAGUUCACGUCCAGAUGCCCAAAUAAGGCUUUGGCCCCGGGAAGAACCAGUUGUUCCUGAACUUUAUUCACCUUUAAAAUAUAUUCUUCUAUUUUAAUUACUGGUGGGCUCACCCUGCAAAAUAUAUACAGUUUUUUAGGUCAUAUUAUUGGAAUAAGUAAGAAUUGAAAGGUUCAGUUAAGAGACAGGAAUUUCCCAGUUAGUCCCUAUUAUCUCUUCAGUUGCAUCAUCAAGCUCUGUCACUCUUUGCCCUUUUUGCCUGUGAUAACCAAGACCUUGCAAGAGCUGCGUAAAUGCAAAAUGCAUCUUUUUGCUUUUACAUCUCACUCUCCAUGACCUUUUCUGCUGUUCACUUCUCUGUUACAUCAUGGACAUGCUGGCUUUAGUUUCCUUUAUUCCCAAAGAUCCAGAAAUAUUUUGUUGCAUCCAAACUGCUCUUGUAUAGAGAGGUACUAAGGCCAAUCCUAUAUUUUUAAUGUUUUCUAACAGUUCAAGGAGCAUUUUUCAAUAAAGAAGUAGUGGAUACUGACUCUAGAACUGUCUGAUUGUCAUCUCAGGAUGUUAUUUCUUCAUAUAUAGCAUAGAAGUAUCCAGAACUGGUAAAGAUAACAUCACAGAAUUUCAGGAAGCCCGCAGUAUAAGGCAAAGUAAGACACCCGCAAAACAAGACAUGCUGCUAAUCUUACGUGACCGGAAUGCAAAAGUAGGGAACAAUGCAGUAUCAAAUGUUGUAGGAAACAUUUGGGAAAUGUUGACCUAGAUGUAAGAAAUGGAGCAGGAGAAUGACUUGUAGGAUUUUGGGGUCCCAACAAUGUGUUCUUUGUAAAUACAUACUUCAAGGAACCACUUGGAUGAUGGUAUUCAUGCACUUCACCAGAUCGCCAGUACAGAAAUCAAACAGAUUAUGUAAUUGGAAGCAAAGGUUUUGAAACUAUUCUUGCUGCCAAAAAAAAAAAAAAACUGUGCUAGUGACCAUCAGCUUUUAAUUUCAAAAAUCAGAAUCAAGCUUAAAAAAGAUCGCAAGAAGCACAGAAAGAUUAAAAGAAACACAGUGCCAACAUUUAACUUGAGUAAGCUCAAAUAUUUGGCCACCUAAUGAGGAGAAAGGACCCAUUGGAAAAGACCUUAAUGUUGGGAACAAUUGAAGGCAAAAGGAGAAGGGGAUGGCAGAGAUUGAGGUGGCUGAAAGGGGUCACUGGAGAGGUGGAUGUGAGCUUGGGAGUACUCUGGAGGAUGGUGGAGUAGAGGAAAACCUGAAGGAAUGUUGUCCAUGGGGUCGCAGAAAGUCAGGUAUGACUUUGUGGCUGAACAACAGUAACAACAUCCCUGAAAAAAGUAAAGUCCACAUAAAGAACAGAUUUGUGUUGUUUAAUUUAAUUGACUAUAAGCUAGAAGAACUGUGGACUGUAACCUGAAAUGUUAUUAGGUAGGAACAUCAAAAAACAAUGCCUGAAGUAACAAGAAAGAAAAAGCCUAUAUGAAUGACAGAAGAAGCACAUUUGAAAAGGAGAAGCAGGAAGCAAAAUGUGGCAGAAAUAUGGCCAGAAUCCUGAAUGCAACUUUUCAGCAACUAUCAUGUAAAACAAAAAGAACUAUUACAAUGAUCAUUUCAAAGAAACAGAAGAGAAUAACAAAUCUUAUGAAGAAGAGCCUGCAAUAUUAGAUAGCAAAGUGAAAGUUGCCCUGAAAGCACUUGCAAAGAAUAAAGCACCUGAAGUAGAUAGGAUACCAAUAGAACUAUUCCAAGCUGCCAGUAAUGAAUCAAUCCAAAUCCUAACAAAACUAUGUCAAGAAAUACAGAAAACUAAACAAUGUUCCCACAGAGUGGAAAUGCUCGAUAAAUAUUCCAUUUCCCAAGAAAGGAGAUGCAAAAGAGUGCAGCAACCUUAGGACCAAUGCAUGAAUGUCCUAGUCAGGCUGGAUGUCCAAACUGGAUACCGAAAAGGAAGAAAUGCUAGAAAUUAUAUUGCAAAUAUAUUGGACCACACCAAAGAAUUUCAGAAAAAGAUCAGUCUGUACUUUAUAGACUUCAGCAAAUCCUUUUACUAUGUGGAUCAUGAGGUGCUACGGAUGGUUCUGAAAGAAAUGGAUGUGCCUCGGCACUUGAUUGGCCUGAUGUGUUAUCUGUAUUGCAGACAAGCAGCUACUUUGAGGACAGAAUAUGGAGAAACAGAAUAGCUUGCCAUAGGUAAAGGGUUAGAUAAGGCUGUAUUUAUUGCCCUAUCUCAUCAAUAUGUAUGAAGAAAGUAUCAGAAGUAAGACUAGAUUAGAAUCAGAGGUAGGAGUGAAAAUUGGCAGAAGAAACA